UCUCUGCUGGGAAACACACGUUUGGAGUAUUUGAAACGAUCAAGGGAAGAGACGUUCACUCGGUGAGUCUGCUGAAAAAUAACUUCAGUAUCAAAUGGCUGAGAAAACUGCUCUUGUUGAAAGUUACCUGAGCUGCCAUGUGUGUUCAGAGACUUUCAGAGAUCCUGUGUCUCUGAGCUGCAACCACAGCUUCUGUUCAAGCUGCCUGCAGAUAUUCUGGGAACAAGCUGGAAACAAAAACUGUCCCAUUUGUAAAAGGAAAUCCUCAAAGGAUUAUAUAUUUGUGAACUUUCCACUGAAGGAACUGGCUGACUCCUUUGCUGGGAGACAGAAAGCUGGAUCAUGUGAGGCAGAAAAAGGAGAGCAGAAGGUGGAGGAGGUGUGCAGUAAACAUAAAGAAGAGCCUAGAUUGUUCUGUGAGGACGAGCAGAGAGCUGUGUGUCCUGUCUGUGAGUUUUCUCUCCACCAGAGUCACAAGGUGGUUCCUGUAGAACAAGCAGUCCGGGACCUGAAGGAGCAGCUGAAAUCUGACUUAGAGUCUCUGCAGGACAAGAGGGACAAAUACAAACAAGUGGAGAAAACAUACAAUGAAGUGAUUCAACAGUCCAAGAAGCAGCUGUUGUCCACAGAGAGGCAGAUCAGAGCAGAGUUCAACAAGCUCCACCAGUUCCUGAAAGAGGAAGAGGAGUCCAGACUGGCAGCUCUGAGGGAGGAAGAGGAGCAGAAGAGGAAGACUGUGAGCAGAGAGAUGAAGAAGAUUCAGGAGCAGAUCUCCUCUCUGUCAGACAGGAUCUCUGCUGUUGAAGAAGAGCUGCAGAAACCCAGCGUGCCAUUCCUCAGCAGUUAUAAAGCCACUCAGACCAGAGCCAGAGUCCAGCGCUCACUGUCAGAUCCACAGCUGCUCUCAGGAGCGCUGAUAGAUGUGGCCAAACACCUGGGCAACCUGUCCUUCAGAGUCUGGGAGAAGAUGAAGGACAAGGUCCACUUCAGUCCUGUCAUUCUGGACCCAAACACUGCAAACUGCUGGCUCUGUCUGUCUGAUGAUCUGACCAGUGUGAGACGUGGAGACACAAAGCAGCAGCUUCCUGACAAUCCAGAGAGAAACACUAAGUAUGCAGAAGUUCUGGGCUCUGAGGGCUUCAGCUCAGGGAAACACAGCUGGGAGGUGGAGGUGGGAGACCAUCCUGGCUGGACUGUAGGUUUGGCUAAAGAGUCAGUUGACAGGAAGGGAAAGAGAGUUGUCUCACCAAAAUAUGGAAUCUGGUGUUUAAAGCAUCGCAGUGGAAAAUACACUGAUGUUGUUGACAAGACUGUCAGAGUGAAGAAGAGUCUCCAGAGGAUCAGAGUCCAGCUGGACUAUGACAAGAGGAAGGUGUCCUUCUACGGCCCUGAAGACACGACUCCCAUCUACACUCACAGAGACACUUUCACUGAGAAACUCUUCCCAUAUUUCGGUAUUGGUGCAGCUGGUGAUGCUAAAACCACUGAUAUCAAAAUCUGUCACACUGAGAUUUCUCUGUGACGUUCAGGAAUGUAAGUUUAUUGUUCCAACUUUUACUUUCAGACUGUUUGAGGUUAAUUAAACUCUCACAAUAUAACAUGUCAAGUAUCCACUAUACCAACAUGUUGCUUCCUGUUGUGGGAUUCUUUAACCUUUUUAUAAUCAUCAGUAGUUUCUGGGUUCGGUCUGAAGAGUUAUUUCAGUCUUGAUGAUGUAAUUUCAGUUUGUAAACACUUUACUCUCAGAGAAUCAAAAUGUUUUCUGGCUCUGAUUGAAUUUGAACUUUUGUUGUCUAAAUAAACAUCAUGUAAUCUGUUACUUUUGUUUUUGUGUGCGCUCCAGGAAGUGUAACUGCUA